GUUGAUUAUGGAAGAUUCUCACAAGAAUAACGCUUCAGAGACAGCACCUCAGUCUGGUUCAACAGCUCAGGGAGCUCAUAUUUCUCAUAUUCCUCAACAGAUGUCAUUAAGAGGAUCUGCGCCAGUGACAAUUGUACCUCUUCCUGGAGAGCAAGUACAGGUUCAGGGGGUCAUCCAGACAGCUCAGUCUUCUGUAAUUCACCCACCACACGUGCAAACGGUAUCAUCUUUAUCAGAAAGUGAAGAGUCUCAGGACUCAUCUGACAGCAUAGGCUCCUCACAGAAAACCCACGGGAUCCUAGCACGGCGCCCAUCUUACAGAAAAAUUUUGAAAGACCUAUCUUCUGAAGAUACACGGGGCAGAAAAGGAGACGGAGAAAAUCCUGGAGUUUCUGCUGUCACUUCUAUGUCUGUUCCAACUCCCAUCUAUCAGACUAGCACCGGACAGUACAUUGCCAUUGCCCCAAAUGGAGCCUUACAGCUGGCCAGUCCAGGCACAGAUGGAGUACAGGGGCUUCAGACAUUAACCAUGACAAAUUCAGGCAGUAAUCAACAAGGUACAACAAUUCUCCAGUAUGCACAGACCUCUGAUGGACAGCAAAUACUUGUGCCCAGCAACCAGGUGGUUGUACAAACUGCAUCAGGAGAUAUGCAGACAUAUCAGAUCCGUACCACACCUUCAGCUACUUCGCUACCACAAACCGUGGUGAUGACAUCUCCCGUAACCCUUACAUCUCAGACAACUAAGACAGAUGACCCCCAACUGAAAAGAGAAAUAAGGUUGAUGAAAAAUAGAUUCAAUGCAGUUCCAAUCAAAACCCAAACAGGUUGUUUGAAGAACUUGACAAGUUGAUACUAAAAUUUGUAGAAGAGUAAAGGGCCAAGAGCAGCCAAAAUAUUCCAGACAAGAAUAAGAGAAGCUGCUCGAGAAUGUCGCAGAAAGAAGAAAGAAUAUGUGAAAUGUCUGGAAAAUCGAGUUGCAGUCCUGGAAAAUCAAAAUAAAACUCUAAUAGAAGAGUUGAAAACUUUGAAGGAUCUUUAUUCUAAUAAAAGUGUUUGAUUCUUACUUAAGAAAGAAAAUAUUUUUGUGGACUUGCCUAAAAAUUAGACGGAAUUUCUUUUCUUUUUUUAGUGAAGUUUUAUGAAUUAAAAGGUCAAAAGUGAAGCUUUUUAUUUAGGCUUUUGCAACUCAAAGAUAAAUAUCUUACGCAGGAGAUCUGGUGACAGAGGAUAAAGUGGAAAAAGACCUCAAGGAGGUUACUGGCACAACUGGAAGCUCUGUAAAAAUUAAACAUACUCAAGAAACAAGAAAUGAACUUUCACAAAUUCAUAUUUUCUAAAUAACAAUAGUUGUCAUAUUCCAAAAAUGGCAGAUAAGAUGAAAUUUGAUAAAUAGAUUUUUAAAAAUAAAUCAGUUUACCCUAUAGGUUUGCAUUUUUUACUGUUUCCUAAAAUUUACCUUUUCAAUUGUGUGUGUGUGCAAUUUCUGCCAAUAAAUUCUAAAUUACAAAUAGAAAAAAUCUAAUAUACAACUAAAUAUAUAAAUUAUGUGUUCUGAUUAUGUAUACUUGCUCUAUCAUCAGGUCUUAAAUGGGUUUUUAAAAGUUUGUUUAUUGGACUUGAGAGGAUUUUUGAGACUGGGUUAACUAUUUUUGAGGCCUUGUCCUAAAAGGCAUCUAAGGUACAUGAAUGGAGUGUGGUGAUUUUGUAAAAUUUUUUAUCAGAAUGGAAAGAGAAUUGUUUAAAAGUUUGAUACUUUUAAAUGGUUUGUUUUUUGGUUACUCUGGGAAUGGUGAUUUUCUACAAAUAUUUAAUAAAUUGUUUUUUGAUUCUGUAUUCUGUAUGCAGUUAAAUAUACAUUACUUAUUCUGUUGUGCUUUAAUAGAAUGGAAUGUUUACAGGCCCUUGAGAUGUUAGAGUAUUUUAAAAACCUUAUGAAGAUGCAUACCAAAGUUUUCCAAGAGGACUUUAUAAUUGGUUUAAUGUAAGGUUUAUCAGAUUCUAAAAUAGUACAGUUACUAGGGCAAUUUUAUGUGAGAGACUAUUUUGUAAUGUAGUGAAUGGUACAUUUAUAAGAAAUGUGACUGCCAAUAUAUUUUUAUAGCUAAUCUUUAUAAAUUCUAAAGUUGAGUUUUUAAUGAUUAUUUUAAAUGUUUAUAUAGUUUGUUAGUAAAAAAUAUUUUGCAUCUCAAAGUAUCAUUUUUAUAUUAUAGGAAGUAAAGUUUCCAGAUUGGCUAAUAUUUGAAUUGUAAGUUUUGUAUGCAGUUUAUCCAGAGUUCAAAAAUGCUGUCAGCACACCAGUGUUUAACCUCUGUAUUCCAAUUUGUAUACACUUUGAAAUUGUACUGCAAAACUAUUGUGUGCUUCUUAUACAAUAUGUAUCAUAUUGUUGUCUAUGAAAUUA